GGAACUAUUGAACUCAUUUGUCACGUAAAAGGAAAAAAGAGUCUGCACUAGCUAUAUACAGGUGAGGGAAAGUUGUUUGCUUCCGAUCUUUGUGAAGAACUCUCUGGAAAUGCAUGUAAGAGUUCCAGACCUUCUCUGAGAACGCAACUCUUGCUGCUUCAGCCUGAGAGCGUGGAGGAGAAGAGCAAGCGGACGAAGUCAGUUGAAGGGCGGUGAUGGAGCUAGCGUUUGAGUGAAAAAGAAGACGAAGAAAUGGAGCAAAGAAGGAAUCUUCAUCUGAUGGUGAGCCUGUUCCUCUACCAACUUGGCUCGCUCAUGGUGCUGCCCUCCAUCACGGACAUUCUCAUGGGGGCUCUCUGCCCCGGCCAACACGAAUGCGGCCUCGUUAUUUAUCUCGCCGGCUUCCAGCAGGCGAUAGCAGGGAUGGGCAACCUGAUUGUUACUCCCCUGGUCGGAUGCUUAGCAGAUGCCUUUGACAUCAAACCUUUGCUCACAAUUCCCAUGUCCAUCGGCAUCUUUCCAUCUGCAAUACUGGCGUGCAGCCAAAGCAAGCAAUUUGUUAUUGCUUACUACUUAGCAAAGACUCUCACUUCAAUUAUCUGUGAUGGCAGCAUUAUUUGCCUCUCUCUAGUAUAUGUGGCGGAUAAUACAAGUGAAGGAGGCAGGGCAACAGCGUUCGGGCUGCUUUCUGGCACCUCCUCCUGCGCAUUCGUCUGUGCAACUCUCGCUUCUCGAUUCCUCUCCAGGGCUUCUGCUUUUCAGUUAUCAACUCUUCUUGGGGCGAUUGCUCUCCUCUACAUGAGAUUCCUGCUGCCGGAAGUACCGGUCGUCCCUGUUCCAACGGCAUCAAUUAUUGCUGAGACUGGUGCCACUGCUUCGCCGGAAAUGGUGGGCGAGCGGAAGACGAGGAGGUUCCGGCGGUUCAUGGGCACCAAGAAAGAAACUCUUCUCAGAUCGCGCAGCCAUGAUCAUGCAUCCCACCUUCCUUUCAGAAGCUUCACGCAACUGCAUGACUUAAUUUCUAUGUGGACAAGCAGCUCAUCUUUUUCACAGGCUUCAGGUAUUGCCUUCUUAGUGAGUCUUGGAGAUAGUGGCCUCCAUUCCACCUUGCUGUAUUAUCUAAGAGCCCAGUAUCAGUUUGGCAAAGAUCAGUUUGCAGAGCUGAUGCUUAUAAAUGGCAUAGCUGGUGCUGUUUCCCAGCUUUUUAUCAUGCCCAUACUAGCUGCUUAUGUGGGAGAAGAGAGGCUGCUUUCUGUUGGACUAUUCGCAAACUGUGUUCAUGCCUUUCUCUAUGCUCUGGCAUGGACCAAUUGGGUGCCAUACGUCGCUGCAUUUUUUGGGCUGAUGAUUGUCAUGGUCCAUCCAUGUAUAAGAAGCAUUGUGUCAAAACAAGUUGGUCCUGAUGAACAGGGGAAGGCUCAAGGAUGCAUUUCAGGAAUUUGCUCCUUGGCAAAUACCGUGUCCCCCUUGGUCGUGACUCCUCUAACUGCUCUGUUCCUUUCAGCAGAAGCACCAUUUCAUUUCCCUGGUUUCAGUAUUAUGUGCACUGGGCUUGUCAUGAUGGCUGCAUUUGUCCAAAGUUGCACUAUGAGAGCCGUUCCUCCUAUUUCAGCGCUCAGCAGCUUGGUGGUGCGCGCUUAAGGUCAUCAAAAAUGAUAUUGUGAAGCUUACACAGGAAAAGAAGACACCAGCCAAAAGAUUAAUUUCAUGGCACAACUCCAAGUAGUAUACAUUUUGGAACGACAAAUUGCAUAUUUUCACAACAUGCAGAAAGACCUCAUGCAGUAAAGUCGCCUCAUUGUACAUAAAUAUCGAACUUUCACAAUAUACAGAAGACCUCGUGCAGUAAAUUCUUCUCAUUGAAUAUAAUAUCAUACGUGAGAGGGAGAGAGAAUGAUUUUACAUUAUCAGUGGAGAUAACACAGUCAACAUGUACAGAUAUCUCGUUACUGUCGGUGAGUUAAUGUAAGAAAAUACAAUCUGUAA